AUGGCUUCCAACGGACCAGAUGGCCGAACAUGGCGCAAUUACUUUCCCGAGGGGGAUCUCUGGGUGUUUGGUUACGGGAGUUUGAUUUGGAAGCCUCCGCCACAUUAUGGUAUCCUGGCCCUGUUCCUGCAUGAGGACAAUAUCUCGCGCUCUCCAGCAACUCCAUCACUAACGUCUGAACGCAGAUCAGAGAGUCCCUGGGUAUAUCAACGGCUAUGUUCGACGGUUCUGGCAGGCCAGCUAGCCCAUACCGAAACAGCAGAAUCGUCCUCAUCGCGCGUCUGGGGCGCCGCGUACCGCAUCCCCGCCUCGCACGCCGAGGAAGUCCACGACUACCUCGACGAGCGCGAGAUCGACGGCUACACCGUGCACUACACGCCGUUCUACCCCUUCACGGAGGGCCAUGCGGUUGCGGACGCAAAGCCCAUCACUUGCAUGGUGUAUAUCGGGCAGCCGACGAACCCGCAGUUUCUGCGCGACCCUGCGCGUCGCGAGCCGCAGGACGUCGCCGAGGUUAUCAGUCGUGGCCGUGGGCAGAGCGGUAAGAACACCGAGUACCUAUAUCUCCUUGAAAAAGCGCUGGAAGGUCUCGGGCUUGGGACGGCCGAUGAACACGUUACGGAUCUGGUGCGGCGGGUGAAGGCCAUCGAGGGGGUUGAGGAGGGAGCGGCCGAUGAGGAGGAAGCGGAGAGGGAUUUGGCGAAGUGCCUGAGUCGGUCGGAGCAGGAGGCGCGUCGUGAUUUUGCGGCCGAAUAG